AUGGCCAGUCAUCGUUCCUAUAAGACCUCUUCUUACUUUCCUACAAAUGGGAGUCGAGACGCUUCUCAUCGUCCUCAUACCAAACCAUCCUAUUCAUCUUCUUCCUCGGAUGAAGAUAUUAUUGCAUCAUUGAAAGGUCUUGCCAUACAAUCCAGGACCAAAGAAAUCACGAGUACUAGUAACAGUAGUACAAACUCUCCACGUUGCGGUACUCCCGGCACACAAGUUGAAACGAUCUCUACGACACUCAAUACGACAUUCGACACUCCAAAGAAAAGCGAUUCCAUUCCAAUUUCCGGCUCUCAAUCGACAAGACGAACUCGCGUUUACACUCCAUUGACAGGUCGUGGAGAAUUACCAGGAGGAUAUUUUCCCGGAUUUGCAGACGAAAACCCAGAAACUCUCAAAUCAACCGUUCUACUAUCAACUUCACGUUCGAGAAAUUCACCAGAAAUGCAACCAAUUACGAUAUCUUCCAUGUCGUCACCAAUGGAUUCACCAGCUUCUGAGACCACUAUUCGUGGUCCUCCUUCGAUUGUCAACUCUCCAUUUACCUUGCCAGAAACUUUAGUUAUCCCAAAAGGAAAAUACUAUCCUUCAAACUAUAAGCCAUCGCCAACAUCUCCCCUCCCGGCACCUCUCACGAGCAUCCCUUCGUCAAUAUUAAAUGGUGGCAAUCUUCAACUUCCUCCCAAAAGUCAACGUCAAAAAUCUUCCAAUCCGCAUCAUCAAAGGAAAUCCUCAGACGUUAAGCGAAAACUACAAAAGUACCAGAAAGAUAUGAUUGAACAAGCACGUAUGGUACAUGCGUCCGUAGUUUCGACUCCCGGGCAAUCCGCACCAGGAUCAAAGCCUAUCAGUCCUAGAUUACUUCCUUUGGGUAGUCCUGGUCCUAUUACACCAUUUGAAUUGGAAGAAAGUUCUGGGUAUUUGAUUGCCGGUCAAAUGAGAUCUGGCGGAUUAGCUGAAGGUGGAUUGAUGGAGAACGAAGCAGUUGCGAGAAUGAUUCGAAUGGAAGAAGAAAGACGAAGACGAGAGGGGCAAAGUUCACCAGCUGCUCGAGUUUGA